AUGAUCACUGCUUCUUCAUCUUCGGGUGAAAGGAAUGAAAAACUUUCAUCCAUCGCUUUGGAUAUUAAUAAUGAUAGGAAUAACAACAAACCUCUCUUAUCCUUUACCAUCUACAAUAAUUGUUCAUCGUCUUCAUUAGAAGCUUCCUUGCCAAAUACUGCAAGUUUAUUAAAUUGUGAAUUUAGUAUUUCACCAAUCAAUGCUACUGAUGAGAACAAUCAAGUUACAAUGAUUGGAGUGGAAAUUACACAAGCCAAGUUUGUAAAUGUUAGGAGAACUGUAUUUGAUGCAAUUUUAAGUGAUUUUCCUUCGGGUUGGAUUGAACCAAAGGAUGUGGAUCAUGUUUUCUUUACUGAACAUGAGUCAGUUAUCAAAUUGAUGGAAGGAGCUCUUUGCUAUGAUGAUGAUGGGUUCAAGUUCUUUUCUACAUUGCAAUCAGCACCUGUUGAUGUAGAUUUAAAAGAUUUGAAUAUUGUAAAGAACUGUAACAAGUGGAAUAGUUAUGCAAGAUUGGGAAGUGGAGAUAUUCCAGAGGCAUUCCACAAGUUUAGGAUUUAUCAUUCGAAAAUUACUGUCUUGCAAGAGUCUCAGGCCUAUGAGCUGAUUGAUCAAAGUGACGAAAUCAAAUAUUAUUUAAGUUGUGUUCAAGAGAAUUUACCACUCGUCAGGGUUACGCCAAGAAUUCUAUCCAUGUUUACAGAAGGAUUGGAAAAGCUUACAAUUUCCAAUAGUUUCUCAGAGAAUUCUUUGGCAAUGUCAGUAUAUACAGCUUCCUUCUCCAACAUUUUGCAAUCUCAUCCUUUUUCAAAUGAGGAUCAAAUCAUUUCACUUAUGAAUUCAUCUUUAACAUGCUACGAAUUUCCCAGAGUAGAUCACAGAUUUAUUAGGUCAAUUACUUCAAAAUGUAGAAAUGGAGUUUUUGAAUGUCAAGUACAUUUACCUGAGAUAUCCGAGACUAACAGGUUAUUUAACAAGUUAGGAACUGAUGGAUUUCUUAAAGUGAAAAUCAUUGGACAAGUUCCCUCUGGAAUAUAUUUACAGGGAAAGACCUAUUUACCGCUUGGAGGUUCAUCCAACAUGAUGAGGGAGAGAAAUAUGUAUUUUUAUGACUCAUCCUUGUAUGAAUCUGUGGAGACUAUCAUUUCACAAAUGGGAGAAAUAUCUAUUGAUAAUUUGCAUCAAUUAUGUGAAACUGAAUGUAAUGAACCGGAGCAAAUCAAUAAUGGAGAACCUGGAUAUCUCACUCCCUCUAUGACUCAUUCAUUAAUUGCUUUGGGCGUUCAACCACUAGUUCUUCAAACUAUUUUUGAAGAAUGGUUCAAUUCUACCGUCAGUAAUUUGACCAAUCCAAACUUUUUGCUUGAUUUACUAAAGGGAAGGUGUAGGGAAACUCUUCCUGCUGUCCAAAAUCUCUCCGAGAUACCAGACAACCCAUUUAUUGAAGACUUAUUGCGACAUUUAGUAUCUUCCCAUUUGCAGAAAGUUCAAAAUAACCUCAUUAUUCCAAUUGACAAGUCAAUUACAACUACAAGUUUAAUUGAUGAGAAUAAGUGUUUAAAAGAAAAUGAAAUGAUGGUUAUACUUGGAAAUGAAUAUUUAGAGGAUGGUACGAUUGUUCUAGUGUGUAAUGAGCCAUGUCUUUCCCAAUCAAAUGUUAAACUUUUCACAGUUAGAAAUGACGAAACUUUGAAAGUCAAGUACGAAACAAACCAUUCAUUAGUUAUUCUCCCAAGUAUCCUGAAGAGUGAUAGUGUCUUUGCAUGUUGGGACUCAAGAAUGAUUCCAACUCUUGUUUCCAGUCAAAUUACCAAUUCAUACCAAAAAUUGAAAACACUGUCUAAUUCCAUCUCUAGAUAUUUGGCAAAAUUCAGAUUGGACCAACUAGAAAAAAUAGAAAGCAAAUUAAAUGGAUAUAAGAAGAAUCUUGCAGAUCAACAGAAAGAGCAGGAUGAUAUUUACAUAGUAGGAUCCUUAUCAAUUCUACUCCAUGAUCCAAACGAAACAGACUGUGAUUGGUUUAUUGAACCAGUUUCUGAUAAUCCAACAUUCUUUGAUGAUCUAUGUCACAGACUUUCGACUUAUUUCAAACCAAUCAAGGAAGAAUAUCACAAAUCCGUUCCUCUAUUUAGAAUUUAUUUACAAGAAAGGGAUUUGAGAUUUUUAGAAUUGAUAGAUUUGACCAAUGGAGAUACUGGGUUCAGAAAAAAGCAUCACAUGAGAUUAUAUUUAGCACAACAGCCGAAACUCUUGCUUAUUCUCAGAAUUUUAUUCGAUAUUAUCAAAAAGAUUUGUGCUUUCCAUGUUAAAACUUUCCAACUCACUUGGGAAGUUGUGGAUUUUUGCAUUUUGAGAAAUUACAUUCACAGGGAAAGACCACCAACGAGAAAGGAGUCAGUGGACCAGGAGAAACAGUUCUCAGACUCUUCUUUUAUGAAAUCAGUUCUUUCUAAAUGUUUGGAAUCUGAAAAUUUUGAAAAGGAAUCCGAACUAAUCAUUGAUUUUAUGAAAUUUUUCAAAUUGAAAAAUAACAUGGAAUUUCCAGAUAAUCUUGACGAUUCAAAAUCCUAUUCAGCUACCAGUGAUGAAAGAAAACUUGAAUAUGCUCAUGAUUUGAUUCAAACAUGUCUUAUCAACUUGCACCUUUAUAGAGAUUUCACCAAGGCAAUUUUGCCAACACAAGUAAUUCAAAAAACAUUUGAGGAAUUUAAGAAUGUUGAUGCUAAACCUGUUUUCAGAGCUGAAUCUAGAGAUUUUGUGGAUGGCUCUGUAUUGACACUUUUUAAAGGAGAUUCAGGAGAAAGUCCAAUUAAUUUCACAUUUUACAAAGGUCAUGUUCAUGCUCAACAUGCCAAACUUCCAAUCCAUAGGCCUUCUUUAGAAAAAUACAAUCCAGAAUCUAAUAACUUGAUAUCGCCUAUGUAUGAUCAAAAGCUUUCUAGUCAAUUAACUAAAAUGGAAGAUAAACCAGAGAAUUACGUGUUUAUUAUUAGAUUUGGAGUUUACUAUUUGGUGAAUAUGCAAAAAUCAAUCUUCUCUGAAAUUACCAAGCCAGAAAAUUCAUCUGUGUUUAAUGAAUGUAUGAGAAAGAAAGCAAAAGUAGUGAAAGGUCCCUCAGCAGACUCAUUUGCUACUGGUGUCAGUGAAAACGUUGUGCCUUUCCUUCGUCCAACCGAUUCUCCUGCAAGAAUGACUGAAUAUUCAGUCAGUUUUUACAAGAAUGUCAAUAACAAAUCAACUGAAUUCAAAGUGAGAUUGGACGAAAAUAUGAAAUUGAAAACCAAAGUAAUUAGUGGUCAAUUGAGAGUAAUUUCACAUACUUUUAUUGGUAAAAACAAUGAUAUGAGAUUCUACAUUAAUCACUUGCAAUAUUUGGAUGUAAAUAAUGAAAUUUCAGAACUAGUUGACAAAUUGGACAAGAAAGGAUGGUUAAUCAAACAAGGAGCCAAUGACACAGAAAUAGUUUUAACAAGAAACUAGAAUUAAUCAAAACUAUUCGAAUGGAAGAAAGAGAAACCUAUCCAAUCCACAUUAAUGGAGAAUUCAUGGAAUUGGACAUUGUAAAAGUGAGAACUUUCAAUUUACCUCAAAAUUCUCGAAAUCAAACAUUGAUUUUUAAGGAAGAACAUUACGAAGUUGAAAUCACCCUGCCAAAUGACAAGAUUCAUUCAACAAGUUCUUGCAUUAAUUUGAUUAAUUGUGGAAUUCAUUACUGGAAUCAAUUUAUUGAUAAGUAACAGUUUUAUUCUGUUGUCAAAUCAUACGACGGUUCUAUAUUCAUAAUGUAUUGUUUAGAUGGGUAAUCGUUUCUGAAAUCUUGAUGAUCUUUUUGAUUUUUAGCCAAUUGCUUGAUUGACUAUGAUGAAAGAAUACUAUUGUUAAGUAUCAAGAAUAAUGUUCUCUUUAAAAUCUAAUGUGCUACAAGGUAAAAGUAAAUAACCAUUAGCAGAUAUCUUUCAUUCUGAUGAUGUUUGGAAUUGAAUCUUAAUUUUGUAAAAAUAUUGUAGGAUUUGUUAUUUGGUCUAAAAGUUUGAUUUUGAUAUCUGAUAAUGGAAAUAAAGAUAAAAAGAUAUCCUUAUUUUCUACAAUAAAUGUAUAAUGAUCGAAUUUUUC